AUGUACUUCAGCUAUAAUUGUUCGAGCACUCUACCCAUACGUGUGGUUCCCGAACCCAUUCCCAACGAGGUCUUGCACGAGUCAGGGUCAGGUCACGAUGACUUGGCGGGCAUGACGCCACAGUCUGGGUCAUUGUCAGAGACUGGUAACUCGAGUACCAUGUCCCAGCCUGCCAGCGUCGUGGAUACCGCUUUGCCAUCGCCUGAUACCACAACAACGUUGGGCGAUUCAGAAGAAUCUUUGCCAGAAAAGAUGCCCUCCGAGGCAUGCUCUGUCAUUGGAGAACUAUUCUACACCAUUGCUCCCACGGAGUUCGAACGAUAUCAACGACCAGAUGUGGUAGAAGACAAACAUAUCAACUAUGACAUCCCUCGAUUGACGGUCUCGCUCGCUCGAAGUGAACUUCCUCAACCAUGGACUUCGCAUACCCAUCCUGAAGGGGCCCGUUAUUUCCGCUGCGAACACGAUCUGUUUACUAUCUACACCGAGGCGCGCUUGCUUGAUCCGCAGAUAUUACAAGCUGUUCGGCAAUUUGUGGACCAAGUCGACGAAUAUCUGACACGCCGUGAUGUCACGGAAGUAUCAUUUGACACCGAAAAUGUGGACCUCGUCUUGGAUGUCACUCUCAGCGAUACGAAGAGGACGAUUUGCGGAUACUACUUUGCCCACCACGAAAAUCGAACAGUGUUCUGGUUGGACGAAUUCGAAUCUUCAGAGCGUCUUUGGCCGGACAUCAAUGGGGUCACUUCGCCAGAGCACAUUCUAAUCGACGAACUGAGAGAUAUCAUCCUCCAUGCCAUUGGCGGAUCAUCAGAUAGUUUGGUGUCAACGACGUCCACCAUUUCUUAUAGUAUAGAGGAGCUUCGGGGAAUGCUGCAACUUCUUCCUGCGAGGAGUCGAGAUAAUCAUGAUGAAUCUGGGGCAGGAGUUUCUCGAAUUGUUUACAUUCUCAUGAAACACUUUGCCCACGACCGCUUCCUUCACUUUUACGGUGAACCUGCGGCACGACUCAAUCGCGGUACCUCCAUUUAUGACAAGAACAAAGUUCACAUGCACUCCUUUCUAUUUCACAUACUCCAGCACCUACUCUUCGCUGCGCCCUGUGCCCACCUUCACGAGAUUGAAUCCAUGCUGUCGGAUGGAUUGCUUAGUCGGGAAGCCUGGAGAGGUUUUAUCGAUAAGAUUUGUCAAGACUGGUCCCAUCUGACUGUAUACUCUACGGUGCUCAUCAAUGUAGACGUCGCGUUUUUAUCAAUCCAGUCGGUCGAUACCGGUCCGAGUAGUUCGCCUCUCAAGAUUUUUAUAUACCUUUCGGUAGUUUCGUCCCUUGGGAGCAUAUUCUUUGCUCUGUUGCUCCUCCGCCGCAACAACACAAGACUGAAUAUCUCGACAGAUGAAGCUGCGACGAUCAUGAACUCGUACCAAGAUUCUUCUUACAGGAUCGUCUUUUUCGUCACUGCGUUUAUGAUCAUGUGUUUAUGGAACACUGCACCGGUGACUCUUGUUCUAUCUAGUGUAGCAUGGGUUAUUUUGGGCAGCUUGAUCAUUUUCUACGGGAUUAUUACGAAGCUAGACGCCUUACUGUUUUCGAAACAACAAGCGCCCAGCUUUGUAGAUAAAGUAUCGACAGUCUACUGCGACGAUCUUGCUGAAAACUCUAGAACAAUGACUACCAUGACGACCAAGGAUAGAACUAGUGACACAAAGGACGUCCAGCGAUCUGGGUCAGAACUGACGCCGAGUUCCCAGAAUGGACCUGCCGGAGCGCCAAGUGUAGGAUCAUCGUCUGCCGCGACUCCGAAUUCCUCCAGCUUGGAACCUGAGAUCGUAGUAGACUACGACUCCGAUUUCGAAGACAGAGGAGAGGAUAAGCCGCCAACGGUGACUGUGAGGACUGCAAGCAAUGCAGGGGGAACCGGGGGGGUGAAGAAGCCGAAAUAA